GGCUCUGCCCAGAGUGAUGUCAGUCUGACUAUGUCUCAUAUUUUCUGUAUAUAUAAAUGCAUCUCUCUCUAAUUCAACCACCGCCAUCUCUGUGCUUCCCCCAUUAGUAUUCAUCUAAUUCAACACCAACUUCAUUUUCAUCAAUUCCUUCUCCUUGUCUCUCUCUAAUCUCUUUCUAUACCAUCUCUAAAAUUUCAAAUCAUGAAUAGAGAACCACCCCAUAAAUCCAUGGGAUUUUUCGGCAUAUUUAAGGAAGCCUGUAAAAUCACAUUCUCAUGGAAAAAAUUAUUCUUUCAGAUUCUUUUAGCAACAAUCCUCCCUCUAACCAUCCUUAACUUAUCCGAUAUCCAAAUUUCCGACUUCAUUGAAAACCAUACUUAUCGGGACAACAAGAGAGCCAGAUAUAUUGCUCACAUAAUAACCAAAAUCGUCUACGCAAUCCUCACCCUUUUGUUCUAUUUGUUAUCAACUUCUAGCGUAGUUUAUACUGUUUCUUGUUUCUAUACCUCCAAAGAUACCAAGUUCGAGAAAGUUAUUGGUGUAUUCCCAAAGGUAUGGGGAAGGCUUUUGGUAACAUGCUUGCUGUUUUUCUUUAUCUUGGUUGUAUUCACCAUCGUUUAUCUCGUACUGUUAUUAAUAUUUGUGACAAGGCUUCAUGGGAACGCACGAUUGGCUUUAAUCAUCUGCUUCUCAAUUCCUUACUUAAUUGUGCUCAUAUACAUAGCAGUUGUUUGGAAUAUCGCCAUGGUAGUCUCGGUACUGGAAAAAGCUUACGGUAUAACAGCAUUGAAAAGAAGUAAGAAACUGAUUUACGGAAAGAUAUGGGUAUCUGUUGCUAUACUCGUUGCCCUUGAAAUCAUUUUCAUAGGUAUAAUUUUUGCGGUGUCUUUGCUAGUGGUUGACGGCAAAAGAGCACUGAGCUUGGUGGGUAAAAUAUUUGUGGGGAUCGCUUGUUAUUUGUUAAUGGUUAUUAUGUUUCAUUUUUCUCUUGUAACCCAAGCGGUUAUCUAUUUUGUCUGCAAAGCUUACCACAACGAGGACAUGUCACACGUUGCUGCUCACCUAGACAAUUCUUAUGUCAAUUUGGAUCCUAGGGGAACUGCAGUACCAGUUUAGAUUGUUUCAGUUUGAUGCUGGGUUCGAUUAAUUUGUGACAGUACUUAGAAAAAUUUGUAGUGUAUAUAGAUUAUGGUUUUCUUCCCUUUCUUUUCAUGUAUGUCAUUGGAUUUCAUGUAUUGAUGCUGGUUUCAGUUUGUGACAGUACAUACAUAAAUUUAUGGUGUAUACAUUGUAAAACCUUUCUUUUGUGAUCAUAAAUCAUUUUUUUCCUAG